AUGUCGGGACCAGUACCAGAAGUCACUGCGCUGCAGGAGGUCUACACACAGCAGUCGCUGCUGGAGCAGGGUGUGCGAUGGAACAAGCUCCUCGAAAAGUUCCAGAGCCUCUACGGCCGUUCUGCUGACUUUGUGGCGCGGUCGCCAGGUCGCGUCAACAUUAUUGGCGAGCACAUCGACUACUCGCUUUACUCGUGUCUACCCAUGGGCAUCACUCCCGACGUCAUUAUCGCCGUCUCUACUGAGCUCGACGGCCCCUCGGGCGACGGAAGCACUUACAAGCUAAAGCUUGCCAACCUGGACGACCAGAGAUUCCCCACGCGCGAGUUCGAUGUGAAGCACGGCGAGGUCGAGAUCGAUGCGACGCAACACGAGUGGACAAAUUACUUCAAGGCCGGUCUCAGAGGUGCCCUGCAGCUCUUGAAAAAGAAGCAUGGCGCCGACUUCAAGCCCAAGAGUAUGCAAGUGCUCAUGGACGGCACUGUCCCGGCUGGUGGUGGUCUGAGCUCGAGUGCUGCAUUCGUCAGCGCCAGCGCUCUCGCAGUCAUGAUUGCCAACGGCGAGAAGGACGUGGACAAGAAGGACUUGACCGAGGUCGCCAUUGUCAGUGAGCGUGCCGUUGGUGUCAAUUCGGGAGGUAUGGAUCAAUCUGCAUCCAUCUUCUCCGAAAAAGAUUCUGCACUGUUGGUCAACUUCUGGCCCUCUCUGUCUGCACGACCAGUGUUCUUCCCCAAGACAAGCCCCGAGCUGAUCUUUGUUAUUGCACAAUCCUUUGUCACCUCGAACAAGCAAGUCACCGGACCCAUCCACUACAACCUUCGGGUGGUGGAAUGUAGCAUGGCAGCUGCGUUUCUCAACGCCAAGUUGGUGCCCGGAACUGAACUGCCCAAGGAUGCAGGCCCUCUUGGAGUGUCCCUUCGAGGAUUCCACUCGAAUUACUUCAAGGACUCGAAAAAGUCUUCAGCUGAGCAGAUCGCCGAGCUGAUCCAGCUGACAAAGUCAACCCUUAGCAAGGAAGAGGGAUACACAUUGGAAGAGGUUGCAUCUGCUGUGGGCACUACCGUUGAUGAUAUCAAGUCCAGAUUCAUGUCCAGCUUCCCCGUGCGAGGGGAGCGCUUCAAGCUCAGACAGCGCGCGCUGCACGUCUUUACUGAAGCUGCCCGAGUUACAGACUUCAUGACCCUGCUGGAAGACAAGUCGCACCACACAACAUCAGGCGAUACUGCGGCUUAUAACCAAAAGCUUGGCGACCUGAUGAACGAGACUCAGGACUCGUGUCGGGAACUGUACGAAUGCAGCUGUCCCGAAAUCGAUGAGAUCUGCAAGAUUGCCCGGGAGGCAGGCAGCUAUGGUAGCCGGCUGACUGGUGCAGGCUGGGGUGGAUGCAGCGUCCACCUUGUCCCUGCAGACAAGGUUGAAAGUGUCAAGAAGGCUUUCCACGACAAGUAUUACUCCAAGCGCAACCUGAGCGAGAGAGACCUGGAAGCCGCCAUCGUCGUCAGUAGACCCAUGAACGGCAGCGCAGUCUUGCAAUUGAAUGAUGGAAAGUUGGCUUGA